GCAUUACCAAAAAAUUAUUAGCGUUUAGUAGAUCGAAGAUUAAAAGGUGUCAAUGGUUAGAAAAUAAUGUUUCAUCAAUUUUGUUUGUUAUUUUUGUUGGCCACAAUACACCUGACCUUCGUAGGCUCAACCUGUGAAAUCCCGGAAGUCCCAGUAAACUUUAAAUGCGCAAAAUCUGGAAGAUUUUCAAAUCCAAAUGAUAUUACAUGCGCAUCGUACUACAUUUGCAGCCUAAGGUCUGGAAAAUACAUAACAACGCCUUACAGCUGCCCCAAAGGAUCUCUUUUUGACCCUAAACUCCUAGCCUGUAGUAAAAACUACGCCUGCACGUGUCAAAAGGCAUCUACAAGUACUAGUACUACAACUACAACUACAACGCCUCGUAUAAGUACUACCAAAUCGGCCCCAGCAUGUGAAGUACCCAAAAACCCAGUAAAACAAGAAUGUAACACCAAGGGACGUUUUCAAGACCUUAACGACCCUUAUUGUACAUCAUAUUAUCUUUGUUCAGCGUUAAAAAAUGGUUCCUACAUUAGAACACCUUACAAUUGCCCUACUUCGUCUUUCUACGAUCCAAAACUACAAGCCUGUAGCAAAAAUUACCACUGCAGUUGUAGUAAAACACCAACUAAAACUACACCGGUGACUACAACAUCUACUAGAACUACAACACUACCUAGUACUACAACAACCACAACAAAUCCCUGUGAAGUACCUCAAGUACCAAUAGACUUCAAAUGUGAAGCCAAGGGGCGAUUCCAAAAUCCAAAUGAUCCAUUCUGCACAUCCUACUUUAGCUGCAGUCAACUUAAAAACGGAACGUACCUUAAAACACCAUACAGUUGCCCAUCAGGAGCAUUCUUCGACCCUAGUAGUUUUAUUUGCAAUGUUAAUUACAAAUGUGCUUGUUUAUUGGCAACUACAGAAAUACCCAGCAGUACUACAUCUGUUGAAGACAGUACAACUACAACUGAAAAAGUAACUUCAGCUACACAAAAAGAUAUAACUACAGAAGAAGACAUCAGUACCACCACAAACCCAUGCGAAGUACAAAAAGUACCGGUAAACUUUGAAUGUACAAUCAAAGGUCGUUUCCCAAAUUUAAAUGACCCCUACUGCCACUCGUACUUCCUCUGUAAUCGUCUUAGAAACGGAACUUACAUAAAAACACCAUACAAAUGUCCAUCAGGGUCAUUCUUUGACCCCAGCAUACAUAUUUGCAAUGUUAAAUACGAAUGCAGUUGUUCUUUACCAACCACAGAAGUUCCUACUAGUACUACACCUAUUAUAAGUACAACCGAAGAAGAAACUACCACUGAAUUAAGUUCCACUACAAGUACAACUGUUUCCAGUACUACAGAAGAAGAUUCCACGACUGAAUUAAGUUCUACUACAACUACAACUGCGUCCAGUACAACAGAAGAAUUAACUUCCACCACACAAGAAGAUACAACCACAGAAGAUAUUAGUACAACCACAAAUCCAUGCGAAGUACCAAAAGUACCGAUAAACUUUAAAUGUACAACUAAAGGGCGUUUCCCAAACUUAAACGAUCCAUACUGCCAUUCGUACUUCCUCUGUAAUCGUCUUAGAAACGGAACUUACAUACAAACCCCAUACAAAUGUCCAUCUGGGUCAUUCUUUGACCCCAGCAUACAUAUUUGCAAUGUUAAAUACGAAUGUGGUUGUUCUGAACCAACCACAGAAGUUCCUACUAGUACUACCCCUGUUAUAAGUACAACCGAAGAAGAAACUACCACUGAAUUAAGUUCCACUACAAGUACAACUGUUUCCAGUACUACAGAAGAAGAUUCCACGACCGAAUUAAGUUCUACUACAACUACAACUGCGUCCAGUACUACAGAAGAAUUAACUUCCACCACACAAGAAGAUACAACCACAGAAGAUGUUAGUACAACCACAAAUCCAUGCGAAGUACCAAAAGUACCGAUAAACUUUAAAUGUACAACUAAAGGGCGUUUCCCAAACUUAAACGAUCCAUACUGCCAUUCGUACUUCCUCUGUAACCGUCUUAGAAACGGAACUUACAUACAAACACCAUACAAAUGUCCAUCAGGGUCAUUCUUUGACCCCAGCAUACAUAUUUGUAAUGUUAAAUACGAAUGUGGUUGUUCUGAACCAACCACAGAAGUUCCUACUAGCACUACACCUGUUAUAAGUACAACCGAAGAAGAAACUACCACUGAAUUAAGGUCUACUACAAGUACAACUGUUUCCAGUACUACAGAAGAAGAUUCCACGACUGAAUUAAGUUCUACUACAACUACAACUGCGUCCAGUACCACAGAAGAAUUAACUUCCACUACACAAGAAGAUACAACCGCAGAAGAUAUUAGUACAACCACAAAUCCAUGCGAAGUACCAAAAGUACCGAUAAACUUUAAAUGUACAACUAAAGGGCGUUUCCCAAACUUAAACGAUCCAUACUGCCAUUCGUACUUCCUCUGUAAUCGUCUUAGAAACGGAACUUACAUACAAACCCCAUACAAAUGUCCAUCUGGGUCAUUCUUUGACCCCAGCAUACAUAUUUGUAAUGUUAAAUACGAAUGUGGUUGUUCUGAACCAACCACAAAAGUUACUACUAGUACUACACCUGUUAUAAGUACUACCCAAGAAGAAACUACCACUGAAUUAAGUUCCACUACAAGUACAACUGUUUCCAGUACUACAGAAGAAUUAACUUCCACUACACAAGAAGAUACAACCACAGAAGAUAUUAGUACAACCACAAAUCCAUGCGAAGUACCAAAAGUACCGAUUAACUUUAAUUGUACAGCUGAAGGUCAUUUCCUAAAUUUAAACGACCCAUACUGCCAUUCGUACUUCCUCUGUAACCGUCUUAGAAACGGAACUUACAUACAAACACCAUACAAAUGUCCAUCAGGGUCAUUCUUUGACCCCAGCAUACAUAUUUGUAAUGUUAAAUACGAAUGUGGUUGUUCUGUACCAACCACAGAAGUUCCUACUAGUACGACACCUGUUUUAAGUACUACCGAAGAAGAAACUACCACUGAAUUAAGGUCCACUACAAGUACAACUGUUUCCAGUACUACAGAAGAAGAUUCCACGACUGAAUUAAGUUCUACUACAACUACAACUGCGUCCAGUACUACAGAAGAAUUAACUUCUACUACACAAGAAGAUACAACCACAGAAGAUAUUAGUACAACCACAAAUCCAUGCGAAGUACCAAAAGUACCGAUAAACUUUAAGUGUACAACUAAAGGGCGUUUCCCAAACUUAAACGAUCCAUACUGCCAUUCGUACUUCCUCUGUAAUCGUCUUAGAAACGGAACUUACAUACAAACACCAUACAAAUGUCCAUCUGGGUCAUUCUUUGACCCCAGCAUACAUAUUUGUAAUGUUAAAUAUGAAUGUGGUUGUUCUGAACCAACCACAGAAGUUCCUACUAGUACCACCCCUGUUAUAAGUACAACCGAAGAAGAAACUACCACUGAAUUAAGUUCCACUACAACAACAACUGUUUCCAGUACUACAGAAAAAGAUUCCACGACUCAAUUAAGUUCGACUAUAACUACACCUGUGUCCAGUACUACAGAAGAAUUAACUUCCACUACACAAGAAGAUACAACCACAGAAGAUGUUAGUACAACCACAAAUCCAUGCGAAGUACCAAAAGUACCGAUAAACUUUAAAUGUACAACUAAAGGGCGUUUCCCAAACUUAAACGAUCCAUACUGCCAUUCGUACUUCCUCUGUAAUCGUCUUAGAAACGGAACUUACAUACAAACCCCAUACAAAUGUCCAUCAGGGUCAUUCUUUGACCCCAGCAUACAUAUUUGCAAUGUUAAAUACGAAUGUGGUUGUUCUGAACCAACCACAAAAGUUCCUACUAGUACUACACCUGUUAUGAGUACUACAGAAGAAGAAACUACCACUGAAUUAAGUUCCACUACAAGUACAACUGUUUCCAGUACUACAGAAGAAGAUUCCACGACUGAAUUAAGUUCUACUACAACUACACCUGCGUCCAGUACAACAGAAGAAUUAACGUCCACUACACAAGAAGAUACUACUACAGAAAAAGAUAUUAGUACCACCACAAAUCCAUGCGAAGUACCAAAAGUACCGAUAAACUUUAAAUGUACAACUAAAGGGCGUUUCCCAAACUUAAACGAUCCAUACUGCCAUUCGUACUUCCUCUGUAAUCGUCUUAGAAACGGAACUUACAUACAAACCCCAUACAAAUGUCCAUCAGGGUCAUUCUUUGACCCCAGCAUACAUAUUUGUAAUGUUAAAUACGAAUGUGGUUGUUCUGUACCAACCACAGAAGUUCCUACUAGUACGACACCUGUUUUAAGUACUACCGAAGAAGAAACUACCACUGAAUUAAGGUCCACUACAAGUACAACUGUUUCCAGUACUACAGAAGAAGAUUCCACGACUGAAUUAAGUUUUACUACAACUACACCUGCGUCCAGUACAACAGAAGAAUUAACGUCCACUACACAAGAAGAUACUACUACAGAAAAAGAUAUUAGUACCACCACAAAUCCAUGCGAAGUACCAAAAGUACCGAUAAACUUUAAAUGUACAACUAAAGGGCGUUUCCCAAACUUAAACGAUCCAUACUGCCAUUCGUACUUCCUCUGUAAUCGUCUUAGAAACGGAACUUACAUACAAACCCCAUACAAAUGUCCAUCUGGGUCAUUCUUUGACCCCAGCAUACAUAUUUGCAAUGUUAAAUACGAAUGUGGUUGUUCGUUAACAACCACAGAAGUUCCUACUAGUACUACCCCUGUUAUAAGUACAACCGAAGAAGAAAGUACCACUGAAUUAAGUUCCACUACAAGUACAACUAUUUCCAGUACUACAGAAGAAGAUUUCACGACUGAAUUAAGUUCUACUACAACUACACCUGUGUCUAGUACUACAGAAGAAUUAACUUCCACUACAGAAGAAGAUACAACCACAGAAGAUAUUAGUACCACCACAAAUCCAUGCGAAGUACCAAAAGUACCGAUAAACUUUAAAUGUACAACAAAAGGUCGUUUCCAAAAUUUAAACGAUCCAUACUGCACUUCGUACUUCCUAUGUAGUCAAUUAAGAAAUGGUACAUACGAGAAAACGCCAUCAAAAUGUCCUAGUGGUUCAUAUUUCGAUCCUAAAAUGUUACUUUGUAGCAACAAAUAUGAAUGUGACUGUAAAGAAGGUAGUACCAUUAAUACUACGAAGAACAGUGAAAUAACGCCCAAUGGAAAAUCUGUUAUUACUACAAGUACUACAAAGAAACCAAGUACUACAACCAAAAAACCAUCCACUACAACUACAAAGAAACCCACCACUACUACACAGAAAUCCACUCCAAGUACUACAACUAAAAAACCAUCCACCACAACUACAAAGAAGCCAACCACUACUACCCGGAAACCCACUACUAAAAAACCAAGUACAACUACAAAAAAACCAACAACCACAACGAAAAAAACAACUACAACAACCAAAAAACCCUGUGUGGCACCAAAAAACCCAACUGCAUUUGUGUGCACGAAAUCUGGACGUUUUAUAGACCCGAAUAAUCCAUUCUGCAGUUCAUAUUAUCUUUGUAGUUUACUGAGAGGAAGUAUGGUUACUACAAAAUACGAUUGUCCCACUGGGUCUGUAUUCGAUCCCAAAAAGAAAAUAUGUAGUAAAAAUUAUGCAUGCGCGUGCAAAAAAUAAGUGAUUUUAAAAUUAUUAAGGAAAAGUGAUAAACUACCAAUAGAUUGAUUUAAAUUUAAAUGGUGUUUUACUUACCC